GAAACCUCCAGACACUUCCAGCCUGUUGCUUAUUCAUUCAGAGUAGGAAAGCGCCAGCCUAGCGAGCGGCCAGCCAGUGUGGGGCUGGCCAUGUAAGGGCCCCAGGAGGUCCUGCCCGUCGUGCCCUGCAGAAGCCUCGUGCAGCCCUGGGCACCGCCCCUGCCCUGCCCUGACCCCUUGGCCUCGAAAUGCUGUCAUCGGAGGAGCCGUCCCGCUCGGGACAAGGCCAGGAUGGACAAAGCUAGAGCUUGGGCAGGCAAGGAGCCGUCCUGUCCUCGAGGCCGUGGGAAGAGAAAGAAGCACGAACCCGGGCCCACUCCUGAGAGCCUCUCUGCCCACCCGGCCUCUGCAGAAGGGCCACUAUGGCUCUGGCCGGAGCCGGUAGCCAGCUGGGGACCCUGGUGUGGGGCGCCUGCCUGUGCGUCCUGGUGCACGGGCAGCAGGCGCAGCCAGAACAGGGCUCAGACCCGGGACGCUGGCGACAACUGAUCCAGUGGGAGAACAACGGGCAGGUGUACAGCCUGCUCAACUCGGGCUCUGAGUACGUGCCCGCGGGGCCCCAAAGAGGCGAGAGUAGCUCCAGAGUGCUGCUGGCAGGCGCGCCCCAAACGUCUCACAACCACAGGAAAAAAGAACCUCUAUUGCAGAGUGGGGAGGAAUGGGGGCUGCCCCAGCCCCAGCCCCAGCCCCAGCCCCAGCCUCAGCCUCAGCCUCAACCCUCUGACGGCCUUGACCGUCGCUACUCGCACAGCCUGUACAAUGAAGGCACCCAGGGCUUCGAGCAGGCCUACCCUGAUCCCAGCACCGACGGAGCACAGGGCUCCACCGGGGCAGGUGGCACCUAUGCUGGUGAUCCCCGCCUCGGCUGGUACCCUCCCUAUGCAGCCAAUGUGCAGCCCGAGGCCUAUGUCCCUCCACGAGCGGUGGAGCCACAACCCCCGUUCCGUGUGCUGGAGCCGCCUUACCUGCCUGUGCGCAGUUCUGAUGCGCCCUCGCCGGGUGGGGAGAGGAACGGCGCCCAGCAGGGCCGUCUCAGCGUGGGUAGUGUGUACCGACCCAACCAGAAUGGUCGCGGCCUCCCUGAUUUGGUCCCGGACCCCAACUAUGUGCAGGCAUCCACAUAUGUGCAAAGAGCCCAUCUGUACUCCUUACGCUGUGCGGCGGAGGAGAAGUGCCUGGCCAGCACAGCAUAUGCCCCUGAGGCCACCGACUACGACCUCCGAGUGUUGCUUCGCUUCCCCCAGCGGGUGAAAAACCAGGGCACAGCGGACUUUCUCCCCAACCGGCCACGCCACACCUGGGAGUGGCACAGCUGCCACCAACAUUACCACAGCAUGGAUGAGUUCAGCCACUAUGACCUGCUUGAUGCAGCCACAGGCAAGAAAGUGGCUGAGGGACACAAGGCCAGCUUCUGCCUGGAGGACAGCACCUGUGACUUUGGCAACCUCAAGCGCUAUGCAUGCACCUCUCACACACAGGGCCUGAGUCCAGGCUGCUAUGACACCUACAACGCAGACAUUGACUGCCAAUGGAUUGACAUAACUGAUGUGCAGCCUGGGAACUACAUCCUCAAGGUUCAUGUGAACCCCAAGUACAUUGUUUUGGAGUCUGACUUCACCAACAACGUAGUGAGAUGCAACAUCCACUACACAGGUCGCUACGUUUCUACAACAAACUGCAAAAUUGUCCAGUCCUGACCUCUGAGUGGACAGACCCUUCUUGUCUCUCCUUAAAAAGCAGGCCCUGCUCCCAGGCAGCCUCUCCCAAAAAGCCCAGCCCCCUAGCCCAAGGGCAAGGGCAGCUGGUGGCUGGGGCAUCCCUCCCUGCCGGCCUCAGGGAGUGAACGUGGACCAAAACCACAGGGAUUCUGGAUGCCAGGCCCCAUUUUGUACCUAACUCUCCUCUACGACAUCCUUUCGUCUGUUGUUGGUUGUUAAUUUUUAUAUUUUGGCCAUUCCACACAGCAAGAUUGCCCGGGUGCUGAAUAAAACAAGGGUUUUCUAGUCUGGA